UGAGUGUGUGGAGGGUCUGUCGAAGGAGGAUGUGGUUCUGUUGCACUCGUGCCGUCAGUGGACCACGGUGACGGCCCACAGCCUAGAGGAGGGACACUACGUAAUUGGACCCAAGAUAGACCUCCCUCUGCAGUACCAGGCGCUUCCUCCAUUCAUAAAGCGCUGAUGUCACCUCACACUGCUGCCGCCUCUCAGGCUCCUUUUUAGAAGAAUGAAAGAACAUUUAGCGGGAGGGGAAGCUGUGCUGAGAUCACUGCUAUUUUAGAGAUGUCAUCACUACAUGUUGGAAGCAUGACAGCAAGAAAAACAGGGAACAACCAUCAACCCAUCGUACCAGACCCAAACAACGCCUUUGAGUGAACAGAAGUGAAAGGACAAUACAUUGUUUACUGUUAUUUUCACAACUAUACUAUAUUAUUAUAUAUACUUUUAUAAUUAUAACUGUUACUAAAUUAAACAGAGAUUAAAUAAAUGUGUGUGCCUUCCUCUACCUUUGUGUCUGUGUUUAUCAGGUGAGCCGUCAUUGAAUGGGAAGCCACUGUCUGUGAUGAGCUAAUGUCUGCGUGAUGACCUCAUACAGGAAGUAUAAAUAAGCUGAGGAGCGGGGUAAUUUAUGUUGGUCCCCGGGGACGGACAACAGGAUGCACCGUCUGCCUCCUCAUCCUCUCUGAGGCUGUAGCCUCCUCUGUCCGUCAGCGAAAGGCGAAAAUGACUCGAGUGCGGGAAGGGACAGAAAAGCUGAAUGAUCCCUCGUCAUGAAUGGGUUUCAUGGAAGCGAGUGGCGCCACAGACCCACUUGUGAUGUGGAACGAGCACCCGAAGGCUCGCGUGUCGCAACUUAAAUGCUGCAGAGGGUUUUUCCCAGAGUAACAGCAGCUUGUUGAGAACAUUAGAGUUUUCACUUGUAGCCAUGAUGGUCUUGUUUAAGACGGGAGGGAGAGGUUUCGCUCGGCUUAGCAUUAAAGGAUGUUCAUUUUACAGCCACUGUUUUGUAGGUGGGCGUGUGGAGAAGCACUGGCUGGUAUUGUGCUUUAGGAAUUAGAAGGUGGGGGAUGGAGGAAUAUGAGCAGCGAGGAGGAGGUGCUGGCCAGGAGACGCGUGAAGUUUGGUAUUCUGCUCGGCUCUCGCGCUGGAGAAACUUCUUCAUCUCUCUCCCUCACAAAAACUCACUUUGACUGUGAGAAACUGAAAGAUGGAAGGGCCACCAUAGUUCAGUGCCAUCUGAUACACUGGAAAAGAGGAGGAGGCGGACGUGGGUCCUACUGAAAAGUUCUUUGAGCGAGGAUGAUGUGUAACCUGUUGCGCAUUCAAUGGUUUCCCACUUCAUCAAAAGGUGGCACAAAAUCCAAACAUUUGAAAAAAAGGACAUAAACACCAGCAGUGAAGAGCUCGAGUGUGAAAGGUUUACAGAGAUGAUGAUGAGCAGGGGACAGAGGAGAGAGAGAGAUGUGUGUGUGAGUGAGCGUUUCCAUGGUGAUGUGCCUCUGCUCUGCUUGAGAAUGGGGGUUCUUUAUGGGUUGCCAUGGCAACCCAGUUGGCUCCUGAUUGGCUACGAGCUGGUGCCAGGUCAUAGGUCACUGAGCUGUCUUUAAUUUCUUGUUGUCCCAACAGUCUGUGCUGCAGGUAUGUGAAGUAGAACAGGCAGGAAUCACAAGCAUAGAAGCAUUAACAACAAUCUUUUCAUCAUUUCUUUUACCUCCACUGUUUUUCAUCCUCCUGUUUUCUCUGUCUUUUCCUUCACCCACCUCCACUUCCACUUCUCCUAACUCGUCUCUCUUGCCGCCGUCUGGCUCAUUCUCCUUUUCUGUAGGCAAAUUCAAGCUGCUGGAUGAAGACCGGGACAUCAGGGAUCCGGUUCAGUACUUCUCCAGCGUGGAGGAAGUUGCUGGAGUCUUCCCUGACCGUGUCUUUGUCAUGGAGACCAUCACUUUUAGUGUCAAGGUGGUUUCAGGGGAGUUCAGUGAGGACAGCGAGCCCUACAGCUUCACUCUGCAGGCUGGAGACGAGCUGUCUCUCAUGGGGAAGGCAGAGCUUCUCUGUGCCGCGCCACCAAAGGAGAAGAGCGGACUAAGUGCACUGCUGAGGCGUCUGGGAAAGACUCCUAGAUGUAAAACUCCAUGCCUGGUUUGCAUGAACCAUCGCACCAAUCAGAGCGUCAGCCUGCCCUUUGGCUGCCGGGGGCGCUUUUGCACGCGCUCGCCUCUGGAGCAGGGCAUGCUGGGAGGGGAGCACACGGUACGCAGCAUCAUAGAGAGGGUCCGGCUGCCUGUCAACGUGUCUGUGCCUUCUCGACCCCCCCGGAACCCCUACGACCGCCACGCGGUGCGCGAGGGCCACCGCUACAAGCUGCUCAACAUCGUCAGCAAGACCGUGGUGCUGUGCAUGGUGCUCCGCCAGCAGGAAGUCUCCCCCUCCCACUUCCUGCUGCUGCGCUGCAUGCCCCGCUUCAACGCGGCCGAGGCCUCCGUCCACACGGCGGCGCUGGAGAGCCUCCUGCUGCGCCACGCGUUCGACCCCGACGCCUACUCCCGCGCCGUCCGGGAGACGCGGCCGGAGCUGGUGUGCAUGUCGGAGGAGUGCGUGAGCCCGCGGCGCUCCCGCGUGUGUGUGUCGGGCCAGGACCCGCUGGCACCGGCCCUGCAGCGCCUCUCCAUGUGCGGGUACGGGGCCGGGCUGGUGGACAGCCUAUCGCAGCGCUGCAGGGACUCGCUUGGGGAGAGGCUGGGUGAGGGAACAGGUGAGGAGAGGGAGUAUGUGACGCCUGAGUGGACUGAGGCUGAAAUGAGGACCAGUGAGGAAAUCCCGUAUGAGGAACUGUGGACGAACCAGAACGCAGAGGGUCUGGGAAAGGAGCCCAACCUCAUCUCCUUCCAUUCCUCCUCCUCGCUAGAUGGCCCUCUUGCUACUGUAGUGACAAGAGUCUCCACGCCGCCACCUGUACCUCCAAAAUCUGAUGCUGUUCGAGAGGAAUGUCGUUACUUGAUUGCCCCCCCGGUUCCCCCUCGCUGCUCCAAGGGAGGCUCCAUCUCCAGUCCGACCCCAAGCCCACCAGUCCCGCCUCGCUUUCCCAAAGCCUCUACCUCACCCAGACCUAACCUCUCCUUCUACUCCUCUGGACUGCAGGACAGCUGUUCUCCCUCUCCAGAUGCGUCUCUCUACUGUUAUCCGUGCUCCUGGGGAGACUGCCCUGCCCCUAACCCUGCUAGUCCCGAGCCAGUCACCACAAACCCUACAGACAACUCAGCCAAUCCUCAGCCAGCACAGGCCACCUGGGGAGAGCCGUGGGCGGACUCCUUCCCCACCUCUGGACCGCGACUCAGGCCUCCACCUCCACAGAAUCGAUUCGCUCCCUUCGGAGCGUUGAACCCCUUCAAUCGCCAGUCUCCUUGCCCCUCACCUGAGCCCACUGCUAGUCCCACGACAGAUUCUUCAAGGGGUGCAGAGGGUGGUGGGACAUCCACAGGGGUCACUGAAGGCUUGUGUCCCCCGCCUGACCCCGCCUGGAGGCCUCCUUCUGAUCUGUCUGCACUGUCACUGGAGGAAGUGUCAGCAUGUUUGAGAUUCAUUGGCCUAUCUGAGGCAGCGGUGGCCGUGUUCCAAAGGGAGCGAAUUGAUGGCAGCCUCUUGGUGCAGCUGACUGAAGACAUCCUGUCACAUGACUUCCACCUGAGCCGACUUCAUGUUACCAAGAUCACACAAUUCAUUCAGGGCUGGAGGCCGAAAAUCUAACGCAUUCACACACAGACACUCCUGCUAAAUGUGCCUGCUGGCUGUUGAGCCUUCUUGAGUGUGCCUUGAAUUGUGAACCACUGGUUGCUGAGCCCCACUGACUGACUGAGUCUGAAACCACCACCGUGUUCAAACUGUAGAAGUGACACUUAACUGGCUUAUGAGCCAAACGUCUGUAAGAAUGACUGCACAUUCCCUGUCUGAAUCCCAGAAUGAAACUAGUUUACUAACAUUACGAGAGUGCCCUGUUUUAAUGUGUCUUUGGGUCAGAUACGUACAACCACAAUACGUCAGCGUUUAGGCAUUACAAACAAUGUGUGGCCUUUGGACUUCAGGCAAACACUAAAUCUGAUAGAGAAAAGGUGCCUGGAAAUUUUUAAUUAUUGAUAAAGAAACACAAAACUACAAUUUUGACGGUCUGAUCCAAAAAAUACUGUUUGUCAGGACUUAUCUAUAAUUCUCUGAUCUCCAUAAAAGUGGUAUUUUGUUGCUUUUGAACAUUCAUGGUUAGGGUUAUGAGACGUCCAUGAACAGAUAAGUUGCCUUGCAUGAAGAAGCAGAUCCAGUGUAGACAAAAAGCAUAAGACAUUUAUGAACAGCCCUAUAAAGGAUAAUAUAAUUACAGUAUGAGUGUUGUAUAAGAGAUUUAAAUAACUUUGUUGUCCAGUAAUCGAUAAAGAUUAAUAAUUUAAUACUACGAUAACAUUGCCCUCAAACAUUUUCUUUUAACGGUCUAAAUGAUUAACUGCCCUGCUUUGUUUUAAAUAUGGAAGCCUAAAAUGCUGUCUAAAACAACAGAGAAGGAAUUGAUGCAACAUGAGAAAAUGCAUCAUUUGAAAACAUUUAGGGCAUUCAUUCAGCACGAAAACAAAAUGUCCCAUCUACAUGAAUCCAGACAUUAGCACAUAGGGAGACACACGUCUUCUUCCCGAUAUGCAAAAUAUGUAGAUAGGCUGUCACAUACAUAUUUAUUAAACUAAAUCACAGCCUUAUGUGGUUACAUAAUUGCAGCAGCUGACAUGCGUGUGAAUAGAUUAAUCAUUCAGCACUAGUAUAAACUAUAUGGUCACAGGUUGCUGUUCUAUAAUUAGUGGCUGUAGCCUCAGCUAAAGCUUUGUUCAAGAAGGAUCAUGUGCAUUUUCCUGAUAACUGUGAACCUGUGAUUUAUGUUGUUGUAAAUGUUGAAAUAAUUUUAUUAGUUUUUUUGAUUCUUACCAUAUAAGCUGCUGUUUCAUAAUGUCUGAAAUAAUCUUUCAAUUCCCACCACACACACACACACACACACACACACACACACACACACACACACACACACACACACACACACACACACACACACACACACACACACACACACACACACAACUUUACCUCUUCCUUUGUCUUAUACACCAACAUAAUAUUGAUGAGUGCUCUUUGAUCAUGUAACUGCAAGGGCCCUGUAAGAAGAUCAAUGAAGGCAUAAAUGAGAAAACAAAAUAAAUAGAAACUUGACAUUAA